AUGCCGCCACCAACGCGGGCGUUUGCGUCGGAGCACGUCCGGUGCUGUACGCUGAUCGGACAUGUGGACCACGGCAAGUCGUCGUACGCCGACUCGCUUCUCGCGGCGAAUGGGAUCAUCUCGUCGCGCGCGGCAGGCCAGGUUCGGUACAUGGACAGCCGCGAAGACGAGCAGGAGCGCGGCAUCACGAUGAAGUCCAGCGCCGUGUCGCUCACAUUCAAGCUGCGCAAGAUCCAAGAGGGACAGGUCGAGGGCAUCGACGACUACACACUGAAUCUGAUCGACACGCCGGGGCACGUCGACUUCUCGUCCGAGGUAUCGACGGCCGCGCGACUUUGUGACGGGGCGCUCGUCAUCAUUGACGUGGUUGAGGGCGUGUGUACACAGACGGUCCAUGUGCUGCGGCAGGCGUGGAUGGAUGGCCUGCGCACGGUGCUUGUCGUGAACAAGAUGGACCGCCUGAUCACCGAGCUGAGGCUCACGCCCAACGAGGCGCACCACCGCCUGCUGCAGCUGAUCGAGCAGGUGAAUGCGGUCAUCGGCGGCUUUUAUGCCGCGGCGUGCAUGGAGCAGGACCAGCGCUGGCACGAGGCUGGCGCCGACGCCACGACGCGCGACACACGCGAAGACGCCGACCUGUACUUUGACCCGUCGCGCGGCAACGUCAUUUUCGCGAGCGCGGUGGACCAUUGGGCGUUCCGUUUGGAGCGCUUCUCGCACAUGUAUGCGCACAAGCUGGGGAUCAAGGAGCAGACGAUUCGGCAGUUCCUGUGGGGACACUACUACUUUGACCCGAAAACUAAGCGCGUACUUACGCACGAUCGCGACAAGCGCGGCCUCAAGCCCAUGUUUGUCCAGUUUGUGCUCGACAAUAUCUGGCAGGUAUACCAAAACACGGUCAUCGAGCGUGACCAGGCCAUGAUCGACCGCAUCAUAUCGGCUCUGCAGCUCUCGAUUCACGCGCGCGACCUGCGCUCUAAGGACCCGACCGCGCUGAUGCACGCCAUCAUGAGCCAGUGGCUGCCCCUGCCUGCGUGUACGUUCAACGCCAUCGUGCGGUGCCUUCCGUCGCCUGCCGAGGCGCAAAAAGAGCGCGUGCCGCGUAUGAUCCGCCCCGAUCUUGGCUUCUUUGCGACGGACGCGGACCUCGCACCGAAGAACGAUUUGGAGCGCGACUUGUUUGCGUCGCGCUCCGGCCCAGAUGCUACGGCCGUCGCCUAUGUGAGCAAGAUGUUUGCCGUGCCGCGCGAUGACAUGCCAGAACACCGACGCGUCCAGCUCACGGCCGAUGAAAUGCGUGAGCGCGGACGGCUCCAGCGCGAGGCGAUGACGUCCACGGGCGCCGAGGCAGCGGCGGAGGCGCCGGCGGAUGAGGCGCCGGCAGAUGAGGCGCCGACGGACGAGGCGCCCGAGGUGAUGCUGGGCUUUGCGCGGCUGUACAGCGGGCGCCUGAGCGUGGGCGACACGAUCACGGCCAUCCUGCCGAAGUACGAUACGACUCGGGCACCGACGGAUGCCGCGAAUGAGCCGUACGUGCGUACGUGUCGCGUGCAGGCGCUGUACAUGAUGAUGGGCCGAGAUCUGGUGAGUGUGCAGCGCGUGCCCGCGGGCAAUGUCUUUGCGAUCCGCGGUCUCGAUGGCGUGGUGCUGCGGAAUGCGACGCUGAUCUGCGGUCCUGAGGAGCUGCGCGAUGUCGUGAACCUGGCGGGUGUGCGCCGCUUCGCUACGCCGAUGGUGCGUGUGGCGCUGGAGCCACGGAGUGCGGCCGACAUGCCCAAACUGGCCGCAGGACUGGAGCUGCUGAAUCAGGCUGAUCCGUGUGUCGAGGUGCUGGUGCAGGACAAUGGCGAGCAUGUGAUGAUGACGGCGGGCGAGCUGCACUUGGAGCGGUGCCUGCGUGACUUGCGUGAGCGCUUUGCGCGGUGUGCGAUCCAAGCGUCGCCGCCGCUCGUGCCGUUCCGUGAGACGUGCGUCAAGGCUGCGAACAUGGCGCCGCCCAAGACGCCGGGGGAGCCGCGCGGCACGAUGCACGGCACGGCACUGCAGGGCGCGCUGUCGUUUACGAUCCGCGCUGUGCCAAUGCCGCCCCUGCUGGUCGACUUUUUGGUGGUCAAUGUGCCGACGAUUCGUCGGCUGCGCCGCCGGCAUCAUGACGACGACGACGACGACGACGAUGCGGGUGAGGUGGGCGAGGUGCGUGAUGCCGAGGCGGUGCGUCGUGUGCCUGUGCGUGCCUUUUGGGACGAGCUGCAGGCGGUCCUGCAGCGCGUGGGUGGUGAGUGGGCCGAUGUGGCCUCGCAGAUCUGUGCGUGGGGUCCGAAGCAUGUGGGGCCGAACCUGCUGCUGGAUCCGCAGCACGUCUUGCGCCGCGUGCGGCAGGACGAGGCGCCGCGUCUGGAGCGCGAAUGGUGUGAUGCGAUCGAGGCGGGCUUCCAGCUCGCGACCGGUGCCGGCCCGCUGUGUGCGGAGCCGAUGCAUGGCAUGGCGUUUGUCGUGCAGCACGUGGAGAUGGACCACGACGCGCUCAGCGAGGCUCGCGCGAAGGUCUCGCAGCUGGCGUCCUCGGUCAUUUCCGGCGUGCGUGAGUCGUGUCGUCAGGGCUUGCUGGACUGGUCGCCGCGCCUGCUGCUGGCCAUGUACUCGUGUGAUAUCCAAGCCGCGCCGGACGUGCAGGGCAAGGUGCAUGCCGUCCUGCAGCGCCGGCGUGGUCGCGUCGUGUCCGAGGAGAUGAAGGAGGGCACGCUCUUCUUCACGAUCAGUGCGCUGCUGCCUGUCGUCGAGUCGUUCGGCUUUGCCGAGGAGAUCCGCAAGCGCACGUCCGGCGCGGCGAGUCCGCAGCUCUUCUUUGCGGGCUUCCAGCUCUAUGACCAGGAUCCGCUAUGGGUGCCGCGCACGGAAGAGGAGCUCGAAGACUACGGAGAAAAAGGCGACCGCGAAAACAUCGCCAAGCGCUACGUCGACAUGGUGCGCAAGCGCAAAGGCCUCGCCACGAGCCGGCGCCUCGUGACGUCGGCGGAGAAGCAGCGCACGAUGAAGUCCGCCUAG